AUAUAAGAAACUUCGCAACAGCUUUCGUAUCGCAGAGCUGAAAUUCGUAUGGCGGAACGCAGAACUUUCCCGAGACAGAAAAAAUCUUCAGACUAUAAUUGAAACCUAAUUAAUAACUCUGGUAGCAUGGCCAAGUGGAACACACCUCUCCUAAAACAUAGUAAUGUGAUGAGCCAAACAUCAGGAACAUCAAACGAGGCACCUUUCAAGCAUAUUUCAUUUAAAAAUGGAUAUUGAUAAGAACAUAGGUAAAAUUUUGCGUGGUGACUUACAAUAUAUUCAAGAAUAUAUUAAACAAAAUUCACGUAAAAUUAAUGAAGCAAAUUCAUGGGGUCUGACAUAUUUGAUGAUUGCUUGUCGACUGGGAAACAUAGAUUUAAUAAAUUUCUUGAUUGACAAUGGAGCUGAUUUGAAUAUGGAGGACGGAGAUAGUAAAACUGCUUCACAUUAUGCUGUGUUUGCCCAUCGAUGUGAUGUGGUGGACCUCAUGGUCUCCAAGGGUGCCAAUAUCAACAGUGGGGACCACUUUGGUAACACACCUCUUCAUUGUGCUGUGGAGAAGAACUGUGAAGAUGUAGUGAAAGUCAUAUUAAAGACAAGAGUAAAAGAGAUGAAUAAAGCAAACAACAACGGUGGAACCCCUUUACAUCUCGCCUGUAUAAAGGGGCACAAACACAUCGUUGGCCAUCUCCUGAAAUGUAGCCCUGAUGUUAAUUUAGGGGACAUCACCGGCUUCACUCCUUUACAUGAAGUUUGUAAUGAAGGAAAUGCAGAGAUUGUUCAACUUUUGCUGAAAUUGCCUAACAUAGAUGUCAAUAGGGCAGAUAAAGAUGGUAACUCACCACUUCACUAUGCCGCCUACCGUGGACAUAUAGACACUGUCCCACUAUUACUGCAACAGCCUAGAAUUAAUCUGAAUAUGGUGAACAUUACUGGUAACACACCUCUACAUAUGGCAGUUCAAAAGCAACACUACAAUGUGGUGGCAUUAAUGCUGUCCCAGGGUAAUGUGGAAAUGAAUAUGAAGAACUCUGACAAACUGACACCAUUGCUGCAAGCCAUCUCCGGGGGCCACUUUGGGAUGAUCCACAACUUACUUUCUCACGGCGCUGAUAUAAAUGCUGUCGACAAUAACGACAAUAACUGCCUGCAUCUUGCUGUGAGGAAGGAGGCGUUUCAUUCCGAGGAUGAAUCCCUUGGUGGCAUUUUAGACGAGUACUGCACUAAGCUUGAACUGAGCCUAGAAGACAAGCUUUCUGGCUUGGUAGUUGCUGAGUAUUUAGCCUAUCACGGCGCCAACUUUUACCAUGAAAACAAACAAAACCAGACCCCAAUGGAACUCAUUGAAAAUGCAGGUUUAAGAGAGAAGAUGCAAACGUUUUUCCCACCACCAUUGCCGUGUAAAUGGUGUGAAGAAAAUAAACCAACGAUAACGUUCCGUCCAUGUGGACAUGUUGUCCUCUGUGAGGAAUGCUGUUCCAAAAUUCCUCUGAAAAGAUGCCCAGAGUGUUUAUUAUCUAUAACUGGAAAAUAUGGAGUUGAUGGGUCCCAAUGUGAUGCAGAAUCCAUAUAUACGUGUACAAUAUGUAUGGAGCAACGUUGGAACAUGGUUUUUGAAUGUGGCCACACCACCUGUAAAGAAUGCGGAAACCAACUUGAUCGGUGCCAUUUGUGUCGGAAACGAAUUGAGAGAAAGAUUAUUAUUAAACAAUGUUAAACCUCA